AGUGGGUUUUGGGUUGCAGUUUGGGCACUCGGUCUCUAAGAGGUUCGCCAUCACUGGUCUAGAGCCUUGGGAUGGUAGCCUCCCAUCAACUCAGCUUAGCCUUUUCAAGAUUAGCCCAGUUUAACUUGCUAAGGAAUUAAUUUUACCGGAACUGAUUCAUUUUUUCCUUGGAUUCACUCCACAGCCUUCACUGACCAAUUUCAAGCACUGCAUUAAGCUGCAAUGUUCUUUUAUGGAUUUUGGCUUAGCACAAUUAAUGAACCCAGCUACAUGGCCUAUAUAUAUUAUGAUUUCUUAUCUAAGAAACCUACUGUUUCUUUAAUAGACCACAGGCAAAGCACACCCAGUUUUCACUACUAGGUUAGGUCUGAACUUCAAUUUCUCCUAAAUAGGAUGAUUGCCUGAUGCACUUGGUCCUGAAACCAGGCAAUCCUAGGCUAUGGGAGCCUGAUCUGCUUGAUCAGUUUAUUGGUUAGCACUGUAUGUUAAAAAAAUCCAUCAAACCGAAGUAAAGCACGAUUAAUUUAUCUCUGCCAAGUAUGUAAAGACAGCCACAAGAUGGAUGUAGUAAGCAAGACUGCAAUUCUGUUGAGGAUUAUCUAGAAGUACAUUGCCCUAUUUCCAACAGGCUCGAGCGCGGAAUAGCCCCGUGCCCUUUGAGGCCUUACCGCGAACGAUCACAGACCCAAAGGCUGCCGAAGCUGAUUUUGCAUCUCUAAAAAGACAGUAAAGUACGGCUUCUGCACGUGAAAUAACCAAUCACAAAGCCGCGCUACCGAUUACUGAUUAGAAGAGGGGAGAAGGCAUCAGGAGAUACAGUCUCCGUGCAGUGCAGAGAGUUUGAUUAAGCCCUUUCCCCGUCAAACUUUACUCGAGGUCACCAGGUUAGAAGACUGUUCAAGAGUAACGGCUCGGGAGAGCGAUUUAAGGAGAAAAAGACCCCGGCCCGGUCCGCCCCUUCCAUUCUGCAUUUGGCCUUUUCCCUCAGAAAAGGCACCGUCUCCCGACUCGCAGCGCUGGAUUUGCGAAGGGGAGAACCAGCUUCCAGCGCACCCCGAAGCCGAAGCCCAGAGGCUUCCGCAGAGCUUUCCCUUCCGCCCCGUCUCGCCCUUGCGCGCACGCCGCCUCGGCCCAACCCUGCCUCUGCCCUCCCCUCGCAGCGAGUUCAAACGCCCCGUAGCCUACAAUGUGUCAGUUGUUGCAAAAGAGGGGAGGCGGGGCCAACUUAAUUCAAGCCUGCCCGUCAGAAGAAGGCAGCUCCGCGCGAGAAGCCCGCUGACCCCCCUCAGCCCGCUGCCUCCUCGGCAGCCCCGGCCAAGUUCUCCCGGGAGAGGAAGACGGCGCAAUGCGAGCUCUUGCUGCUCCCUGAGCUUCUGGGCCCCCAGAGCGCUUCUACUCCGUGCCUCCUCCGCCGCGGCGUUACCUACACGCUAAGCGGAGGAGGAGCUUCGGUUUUCCCUUCGCUUCCUCCACUUCUCCUUGCAGCCUUUUUUCGCCGAGUGGCUUCCGGCGCUCGGCUUUAUUUAUUGAUUUAUUUAUUGGCGUCUUUUUCUAGACAACCCCCCCCCCGUCGAAGCCUACUUGGGUGCAGGUGACACACCCUCCUCGCUCCUCCCCUCCAUUCACCCCGCUUCUUAGCGCCGGCGGCGGCUCCCGAGCGUUCCCAGCAGGUUCUCCCUGCUUACAGCUGGCCGAAGGCAAAUGCUGGACAAUUGACUGGCCGACGGAGAGGGGAGAAGCUGCCCUUCUUCUCUUUGCUGAACAACUCUCUCUCUCUCUCUCUCUCUCUCUCUCUGGGUGUCUGCCUCUCUGUCUCCUCGGGAGCCGAUCGGGCUCGGGAAAAAGAGGGCGGGAGGGCGCUUGGGGAAUCGGAGGCGAGAGCGGGCGAGGGCGCCGAAGGAGGAAACGAAAAUCCGGCUCGCCCGCGGACUUGAGCGGAGCAGAGCAGAACUGUCCAAAAAUGUCAUCUCAAGCAAAGUUCAAGAAAGACAAAGAGAUUAUCGCGGAGUAUGAAACUCAAGUGAAAGAAAUUCGUACCCAGUUAGUGGAGCAGUUCAAAUGCCUAGAACAACAGUCUGAAUCCCGAUUGCAACUUUUGCAAGAUCUUCAGGAGUUCUUCCGUAGAAAGGCUGAGAUUGAACUGGAAUAUUCCAGGAAUCUGGAAAAAUUAGCAGAAAGAUUUUCUUCCAAGAUUCGUAGCUCCAGAGAACACCAUCAAUUCAAGAAGGAUCAACACCUUCUUUCUCCUGUGAAUUGCUGGUAUUUAGUGUUGACACAGACCCGAAGAGAGAGCAGAGACCAUGCCACGUUGAAUGAUAUCUUCAUGAAUAAUGUCAUUGUCAGACUUUCCCAGAUAAGUGAGGAUGUUAUUCGGCUGUUUAAAAAGAGCAAGGAAAUUGGUCUUCAGAUGCAUGAAGAACUCUUGAAGGUUACGAAUGAACUCUACACUGUGAUGAAGACCUAUCACAUGUAUCAUGCUGAGAGUAUCAGUGCUGAAAGCAAGCUGAAGGAAGCUGAGAAGCAGGAAGAGAAGCAGUUCAACAAAGCAGGGGACAUCAGCGUGAACCUGCUGCGGCAUGAAGAUAGGCCUCAGCGCCGCAGCUCUGUUAAGAAGAUUGAGAAGAUGAAGGAAAAGAGGCAAGCAAAAUAUUCUGAAAACAAGCUCAAGUGCACUAAAGCUAGGAAUGAUUAUCUGCUGAACCUUGCAGCCACAAAUGCAGCAGUCAGUAAAUACUACAUCCAUGAUGUUUCCGAUCUAAUUGAUUGCUGUGACCUGGGAUUCCAUGCUAGUCUAGCACGGACAUUCAGAACAUAUCUUUCUGCUGAAUACAAUCUAGAAACCUCACGCCAUGAAGGGUUGGACAUAAUUGAAAAUGCUGUAGACAACCUGGAUGCACGAAGUGACAAACAUACAGUUAUGGACAUGUGCAACCAGGUCUUCUGUCCUCCGCUGAAGUUUGACUACCAGCCUCACAUGGGGGAUGAGGUAUGUCAAGUAAGUGCCCAGCAGCCAGUUCAGACGGAGUUGCUCAUGCGAUACCAUCAGCUCCAGUCUAGACUAGCCACCCUCAAAAUAGAGAAUGAAGAGGUGCGAAAAACGUUGGACGCCACAAUGCAGACACUGCAAGACAUGCUGACAGUGGAGGAUUUUGAUGUUUCAGACGCUUUUCAGCACAGUCGCUCAACUGAAUCCAUCAAAUCAGCUGCUUCAGAGACUUACAUGAGUAAAAUAAACAUUGCCAAGAGAAGAGCCAACCAACAAGAAACUGAAAUGUUCUACUUUACUAAAUUUAAAGAGUAUUUGAAUGGCAGUAACCUUAUUACUAAGCUGCAAGCUAAGCACGACUUACUGAAGCAGACUCUAGGAGAAGGUGAAAGAGCUGAAUGUGGAACAACUAGGCCCCCUUGUCUUCCCCCUAAACCACAGAAAAUGAGGAGACCUAGGCCUCUCUCAGUCUAUAAACAUAAACUCUUUAACGGCAAUAUGGAAACAUUCAUUAAGGAUUCUGGACAGGCAAUUCCACUUGUGGUUGAAAGUUGCAUUCGUUAUAUUAAUUUAUAUGGUUUACAACAACAGGGUAUUUUUAGAGUUCCUGGAUCUCAGGUUGAAGUCAAUGAUAUCAAAAACUCAUUUGAAAGAGGUGAAGAUCCCCUUGCUGAUGAUCAAAAUGAACGUGAUAUUAAUUCUGUUGCUGGGGUCUUAAAAUUGUAUUUCCGGGGACUGGAAAAUCCACUCUUUCCUAAGGAAAGGUUUCAGGAUUUGAUAUCUACUAUAAAAAUUGAAAACCCUGCUGAAAGAGUGCACCAGAUCCAGCAAAUCAUUAUCACUUUGCCACGAGCUGUCAUCGUUGUAAUGAGAUACCUCUUUGCUUUCCUUAACCACUUGUCACAAUACAGUGAUGAAAACAUGAUGGAUCCCUACAAUCUAGCCAUCUGCUUCGGACCAACUUUGAUGCAUAUUCCAGAUGGGCAGGAUCCAGUGUCUUGCCAGGCUCAUGUCAAUGAGGUCAUCAAAACCAUCAUAAUCAAUCAUGAGGCCAUCUUCCCUACCCUCAGGGAACUGGAAGGACCUGUUUAUGAAAAAUGCAUGACUGGUGGGGAAGAGUACUGUGACAGCCCACACAGUGAACCGGGCACUAUUGAUGAAGGAGAUCAUGACAAUGGCACAGAGCCACACACCAGUGAUGAAGAAGUGGAACAGAUUGAAGCUAUUGCCAAGUUUGACUAUACUGGGCGAUCCCCACGUGAGUUAUCCUUCAAAAAAGGAGCUUCCCUUCUCUUGUACCAUCGGGCAUCAGAAGACUGGUGGGAAGGUCGCCAUAAUGGCGUAGAUGGCCUCAUACCACAUCAAUAUAUUGUGGUACAAGACAUGGAUGAUGCCUUUUCUGACAGCCUUAGUCAGAAGGCAGAUAGUGAAGCAAGCAGUGGACCUUUGCUGGAUGAUAAAGCCUCAUCAAAGAAUGACAUUCAAUCUCCAACUGAUCAUAUUCCAGACUAUGGAUUUGGAGGAGUAAUGGGACGGGUGAGGUUAAGAUCUGAUGGAGCAGCAAUCCCUCGUCGUCGAAGUGGGGGUGACACACAUAGCCCCCCAAGAGGUUUUGGUCCAGGAAUAGAUACUCCUCCUCGAGCAGCAGCUUGUCCUAGCAGUCCUCACCUGCUGCCGUUGAACAGAAGUAGGAUCGAAAGUCCAGAAAAACGUAGGAUGGCAACAUUUGGAAGUGCUGGCAGUAUCAAUUAUCCAGACAGAAAGACAUUGAGUGAUGGCCAUCAACUGAGGUCUACUUGUAGCUCAACUCGGCAUAGUAGUCUUGGUGAUCAGAAAUCACUAGAAGCUGAAGCACUGGCAGAGGACAUUGAAAAGACCAUGAGCACAGCCCUGAAUGAGCUGCGUGAACUCGAAAGGCAAAAUACUGUGAAACAAGCCCCUGAUGUUGUCCUGGAUACUCUUGAACCAAUGAAGAAUCCACAAAUUGGUUCGGUCAAUUCUGAACCUGCCAGUCCCCUCCAUACCAUCAUGAUCAGAGACCCUGAUGCAGCUAUGAGGCGGAGCAGUAGCUCAACCACUGAAAUGAUGACGACAUUUAAACCUGCUCUCUCAGCCCGGCUUGCAGGAGCUCAGCUGAGACCCCCACCAAUGCGUCCCAUCAGACCUGUUGUCCAACAUCGAUCAAGUAGCAGUAGCAGCUCAGGAAUGGGGAGUCCUGCGGUGACACCCACAGAGAAGCUCUUUCCUAACAGUUCUUCAGAUAAAUCUGGCACAAUGUAGCUAUCACUCUCACAAAGGAGAAUUCUUUGGGAAAAUGAUAGAUCAUUCUGAUCUUCAUUUCUUUUCAGAAGGAAGCAGUAUGAUUGUACAAAUGAUGUCAUUAGAAGAAAAGACAUGGAAAACGUGACUCUUGUAAAAAAAAGACGAUACUUGAAAUUAUAGAAGUGGUUUAAGGAUUUACACAUAUAACAACAUUGCUGAAAAUAUUUGGUACUACGCAUUGUCAUCUUAUGUAAUUACCACUGGAAUAUUCAAGUCUGUCUAGAAAUAUAUAUGAAACUUUAUGUAGCCCAGUAACAAUUUAAUAGACUUACCUCACCUUUAGAUAUCUGCUAGAGUGUGUUUUUGCCUGUGUGUGUGAAUUACACAGCAACUAUACAUCAAGCAAUAGACUAUUGAUCAGUUCGUGAACUGAAUUUUCGUAUCAGUGCAAUUUGGCUUUAGAGUUACAAAUGAAAAGAAACACUAGUUAUCUUGGAAAUACUGAAUUUGUUUGGUGAUGAUCAAUUCGGUUCUCAUAGAUGGGUGAAUUUCUGUCUUCAAAUUCAUAUCUUAAGGACUGCUUCAUUGGAAUAUGGAAAUGUCAUUUUCUGGUUGAAGAAGUACUCCAGAUAAGGAUGCAAACAGUAAAAAGUGGUACAAUUUCCCCUUAUACAAAAGGGAAAUCUAGGAUGUUUUGUAUGUACUUCAUGUUGUAGCACAGUAUUAUAUAUGUACAAAAGAAACUCAACUCCCACUGUUUUCAGAACAGAAGAGGACUUUGAAGUAACCUAUGGCUGAUAACAAUAAAUAAAUAGGCUACCUUAUAUAGUGGUUGAAAUAUUUUAUUCUCUCAUCUCCCUUUUGCUAAUGAUUCCUCUGGAGAGAAAAAAAAUCUGUUUUAAUCUGGAUUAAAACAGGCAAGGAGGGUUUUAAUAAAGUUUUAUUUCUUUAAAGUUCCUUAGCAGUAUAUAAGGGGAUUCCUGGGCCAUAUCCCCUUGCAUGAAGAGCAUGAUCCAUAUUUGAUUGAGCUGGGAAUAUAUCUGAACUGAUAACAUUUUGCACUUUCUCUACUGUACUAUGUAACAAUAUACAGUGAUUUGGGGCUUACAGAAAUAAAAUUUGUCUCUAUACUUUAAAAUAGGCAAAAAAGAAAGCAAAACAAAACAACCAAGAAUUCUAGCAGUUUGCAUGCUUGCCUUGUUUUUUUCCUUUCACUGAAUUCAAGGGUCUACUUCACAGGUGUCAAACUCGCCAUGUCAUGUGACAUGUUGUGACAUAUCGCAACAUUUUUUGCAUUGCCGGAGCUGCGGCAUCCGUAUGAUGCAACUGGCCAGUGGACCGGCAAUUUGACACCCCUGCUCUACUUGCUGCUUUUUUAAAAUCAGCAUUUAUGAUCAGAUGUUUCUAAUACCAGCCCUUCAACUCAGAUAGUUUUGUUUACUUUCAAUCAGUACACUUAUAUUUUUAACACUGAUAAAUCUUACUGAAACUGCACACUCUGUUAAAUCUGCAUAUUCCACUGCUUGAUAUCUCUUGAAUUUAUUUUGCAACGGCCAUAUCUUGAAACAAAAAUAAAUAUUUUCCAUUUCUCAUCAGAGGUCAAUUUUAGUGACUUCUGAGUAAUUGGUGACCUUGAAUUUGCCUUGCUGCACUUUAACUCAUGGUACGCUUUCAGACAAAAUUUAAUUUAUAAGCAAUCCAUUUUGCCAAAGAGGAAAAUACCUUCAUAUUUAUCCUCUGAUUCCUAAUACCCUCUGUUUUCAGAAAUUGCUUAGAAGAGGAACAUAUUUUAUGAAAUAACCUUUUCCUCUAUGACAUUGUGUGAAUCUCAUUUUCUGUGUCUCAUCGGUGAACAUGCUUCAUUUCAUGAAUUUGCCCCUUGCCUGUUCUAGCCUGUUUAUAUAUUGCUGUACUUGCUUCCAGUAUGAAAAAUAUCUGCUGAACUGUAAUGUUUCUUCUUCAUGCUAAAUUUUAAUUGCGGCCCUGUGACUCCAAAUCCUUGCACUUAAUAGAUAAUUCAGUAUAUUAGAAAUGCAUCAGUAAAAAUGAGAACAGUCUCCAAUCCUGAAGGAAUUUUGACCUUCUCAUAUAUAGUGUGAAAGGAAUGUAUGUAGUUAUUCUAAUAUUGUUCCUCGAUAUAAUAUUAUAAUGAUAAAUGGUGUUUAUCUAUAUGUCUGCUAAUGUAGUAGGCAUUUGUAAUGCCAUGAUUAGUUAACCGUGCUAGUUUUUCAUUUAUGAAAUUCUUUUAAUUCCCCCUCCCAAGUUACCUACAUGUCCCUGAGCCUUCCUUAGCAUAUGAACAGCCCCUAGUUCAUUAUGACAACAAAUAUUCCAUUUGUGGUAGUAAUGAACCAACAAAAGUAGUUUUUGCAUAGGUUGGAUAUUGCAAAGUAGGACAGGUGGGGAAGAGAGAGCCAUUUGGCAAACUGUUUUAUUUUCAUUGCCAGUAAUAUUUUUUCUUACUUUGCUUUAUGGAGAAGAGGUGCUUUGAUUACAUUUGUGCGUGUUACACAUAUUUUUGAAAAUGACGAGAGCCGAAGAAUUAUCUGAAGGUUUACUUUUCUCCUUAAAAAUAAGAUACAUUAUACUAUACAAUAAUUUUAUUAAAUUAUUUUUGUUUCUAUUUUUUAUUGGUUGUUAGUCGGUUUUUUUUAACUCUUUAAGUGCCUUUUGAGCACCAGAACAAAUCUUUGGAUUAAAUGUGCUUGGGAGAUGGACAUAUCAAAAUAUCUCUUGUACAGUUUCUUCCAUUUUUCUUAUAAGAACAAGGAUUGUCUUUAAUUUUAAAGGAAAAAAACUAUUCCAUCUUGUCAAAUUGGUGUUGACUAUUAGGAAUUGUGAAAAAGUCCUUUGUCCAACUCUUUGUAGUUUUAAAUAACAAGACUUGGAAUGAAUCUGAUGAAGUGACCACACUUUCUGAUAGGAAGUUCUUGUCUCCUUGUUGCAUAGGCUUCAGCUAGCAGCAAUUUCUCUUUCAAACAUAUUUUGUUCUGCGGAAAUGCUGUUUCCCGAUUGCCGUGCACAAGGGAAAUUCUUGAUAGAUUCAUCUCUGUGUUUUCAGACACAUUUGGGCAUGGCUUGACCCAACCCAGCAAAGAUUUCAAGGGAGAAUGUAAAAUGCAUACAAGUGCAAAUGGGAAGAAAAUGUGUUGGUGUGUAUGUGUGCAAGAGAAAGGGGAAGGGGAACACACGUUAACUCACUUUUAAAGGGGGGAAAAUAAAGUUACUUUUACUGACCAAUUCUGUAGACCCCCCCAAUGUUAUUUGAUAAGAAUGCUAAAUAAACAUGCUAUUUCUGUUGAGAAUAUCCCUGUAGCUAAAUAAUGAUGUCCUUAAUGAUAAAUAAUAAGAAUAUUCCUGUUGGCUGACAUUUAAUCAAACCCAGACAUUACAUAUGGGAAGCUAGGAAAAGAGGGUCUAUGGCAAUUCACCACGACCAACUCACCAUGACCGACUUGUCUGGCCAACUCGCCAUAGUCAACUCGCCACAGGACAAACUCACUGCAGGACAAGAGUUACACUAAUAUCAAAGAAAUGGUGGAAUAGAAUCAUUAAAGAAAGGAUGGGAAAGGAGGGACAAAAGGAAAUGUUAAUUUAAAAAAGUUAAAUUUUUAAAAUUAUUUUAAAUAAUUAAGUUGAAUUGUUAAGUUGUCUCACAGCGAGUUGGCUGUGGCGAAUUGGCUGUGGCGAGUUGUCCCAUUCCAAGGAAAAAAAGAUGGGAUUUGUCCUAUUUAUAGAAAUUGUAUGAAGAAAAUGCAAGACAACACAUUUUUACUGAAAGAACUGGGAGUGAUGGCCUUGAUGCUGUCCACCAAGGCAAAGUAACUGACUCUUCCCAUAAAUAUAUGUCAUGCUUAAUUGGAGCUACUUUAGGUAACAGUGAGGGAAAUGACUUAUUUCUUCUCCCAGCUUUUUAUCUUAUGAAGGCACUCUUUUUAUUCAGCCAAGUGAAAUAUGUUAUGGUGCUGACUUAGAAGCAAUUCCACCUGCCCUUAUAUUAUUGAUGUACAGAAACUGUCAUAAGCAAACUAUGUAAAUGUUAAAGAUUCUUUAAUAAUAUAAGGACUGUGCACUUUUCUUUUUUUAGACUAAACAAUUCCCCCUUUUUUUGGAAAACCUGAUAUUUUGGACUAUAUUAUCAGUGCUGCAUUUUUCAUAGUAUGGCGAUAGGCCUUCUGAAUCCAGUUUGCUUCUGAGUGGCUGCUUCUUGUUGUUGCCAGAAAACUCUAGGAAACUUCUGGUUGGCUGCCCUAUAUAAUGAUUGUUGUCCCUCUUAUGAAUAUUGUCUCUGUAAUGUAUGAUUUUUUAAAAAAGUCCAUUCAGUUAGAGUAUCUGAUUGGAUCCUAUGUUAUGUAUGCUAUAAUGCCAUGUAGAUCAAACCACUGGUUGGGUACAGACUCAUCCUGUUGAAUAAACAGUUUACCUUUUCUCAAAA